UAAGGGACAGGAUAACAUUCCGCUGCUUUACGCACUGUACAACGCUGCCGCUCCUGAACUACGCUUGACAAAUAAAGUUAUACCUACAUUAAAGCACUGCGUAUCUUGACAGCGCUAUAUAAAUAAAUGAUGAUGAUUAGGAGAGUGAUUUCUCCUGAGGAUGAUCUUAAAAUGCUUGGCUGUCCCCCUGUCCCGCCCAUCUUCUUUGAGCCAAUAAGGUCUGCACAGCUACAAACAGUAGGGAAGCAAAAUCGUAUCAGUGAGGGAGACACUAGAAUGUUUGGUUGCAGGACACUGAGUCUCUCUCUUAGCCAAUGAGUAAGCGAGUCCCGCCCUUUCCUGCCCAGCUCCAGACAGCACAGUUAUAUCCACAGGGAAAGAGAGCUGAGAAGCAGGAGCAGGGAGCCAACGAUGGGGAACGAGCAUAAAGAUCCAUAGAGUGAAAGGUUCUUACAUCUCACCCUGGACAUUAUCUACCUGCUGACUGGAGAGGGCUACAGUGUUAUGAAGAAGUCAGGUGAUGGCCUGGCCCCCCCACAGAGCUGUACUGACUGUAUGUUGGAAGGAGCCUGCAGGUGCCAUGUGACCAGCCCAACUGUGGGGGCCCUGCAUGCCCCUGGCUCCGUCAUACAGAAGGAAAAUAACAAGAAUGACAAGAAGAUCCUGGAACUCAUGUCCAACAUCAUCCAGCUGCUGACUGGAGAGGUGGGUACAGCGGCCCAAUCCCAGUCCAGGUUGCCAUAAAGCAGUGGGCAGAGGGUCCUGGCUGUAGAGUUAUUUUCAGGGAUAUUUGAUAUGAAACACUUGCAUUCUAAUAUGAUUUAUACAGGAAUGAUAUAAAUGAUGUAACCCCGUUAUAAGAGAAGAAGGUGGGGUGCCCUGACCAAAUGCUAAACCAUAAAUGGAGGGAUCUUUAAAAAAUAGUCUAUAAACAACUGUCCUAUGGUGGGACAAUGUGUCAGUCUAUAUUUCUCUGCAGGUGUUGGACUAUAUAAAAGGAAACAAGGACCUUUACAGGGAAGGGAUGAAGGAGGAUCCGCAGCAGCUCCGCCCACUGGAUUGCAAAUAUGAAGAUCCGAAUACCAAUAACACAAAUUUGGAGGCAAUGUCACCUUGUAAUAAUGACCCACGCAGGAGCGCAACUGUCAGGGCUGGAUUUGAUGGAAAUGUACAUUUUACAAAUACUAAAAUGUCUCCAGUGGAACAGCCCCCACCAGCCAAUGGGAUUAAAGAAGAAGUGGCUUCAUGUAAAGAGAGAAUCCAAUCAGAUUGCAGCAUUAAUCCCUUUACAGAACAGAUACAGGGAACAGAUACACCUACUCCUAUCAUGGGAUGCAGCCUAAAUAAUAACUUAGGUGAUGCAACAGGUGCUGUUAAAGAGGAUCCGGCUUCAUGGGAAGGGGGAAACCAAUCAGAUUGCAGCAUUAAUCCACUUACAGAACAGACACAGGGAAUAGAUACACCUACUCCUAUUGUGGGAUGCAGCAUAAAUGAUAGUUUGCAAAUGAAUUAUAUAUCAAAUGAAGAAGUUGCUUCAAGUGAAGGGGGAAAGCAUUUGGAUUACGGCAUUAAUGCAGGACAGAUACAAGGCAGAGAUGCCUCUAUCAUGGGGUACGGCCUAAAUAACGGCUUGUCAGCUCAUUAUAUACCUGUAGUUGUAAAAGAGGAAUCAGCAUCAUGUGAAAGAGCAAACCAUUCAGAGUGGGUUAUAAAUACUUUCAUGGAGCAGAUACAGGGAACAGCUGCACUUAAUACUAUUGCAAAAUGGAGCAUAAGAAGCAGUUUAAAUGGCGACGUUCACACUAAACCCGCCCGUACGUCUCAAACAAGAUCACGGAAGCCGUCGUACAACUGCUACGAGUGCCAUAAAUCUUUCCCUAGAAAGAACGAUCUUCUUGCCCAUCAGAGAAAUCACGCCGGGAGGAAACCAUUUACUUGCACGGAAUGCGGGAGAGGUUUUUCAUAUAGCUCCGCCCUCAGUGUUCAUCGCCGGCGUCACACGGGAGAGAAACCGUUUGGUUGUUCCGACUGCGGAAAAAUGUUCACACAAAGCUCACAGCUGACGUUGCACCGGAGAAUUCACACGGGCGAGAGACCCUACUCUUGCUCCGAAUGUGGCAAACGUUUCACCCAUCGCACUCCGCUUAAUGUUCACCAGAAAAUCCACACGGGGGAGAAACCCUAUUGUUGUUCUGAGUGCGGCAAACGAUUCUCAGAUCGCUCGAAUCUUGUGGUGCAUCAGAGAAGUCACUCGAGGGAAAAGCCGUUCUCCUGCGCUGACUGUGGCAAAGCUUUCACGCGUCGCUCAAAUCUCAAGGAUCAUCAGAGACUUCACACCGGGGAGAAACCAUAUUCGUGUCCUGAGUGCAGGAUUUGUUUCACACAAAGCUCACAGCUGACGUUACACCGGAGGAUUCACCAGUAGCGAAAUUCUCCAACCACUACAAUGUUCCAACGUAAACUUUCUGGUUUUCAAUUCUUUUAUCACCUCAGCCCCCGGUUUUAAUAUAUGACACCAGUACAUAUCAGUAAAGUCAGGGCCGGAUUUACAGAAUGGGCACCCCAAGGCCCUUCCCCUUUAUUUGUUCAAAUUUUCAUCAUCUGGACUGGAGCAAUGGGGAUUGGCUCAUGGGAAAUUUAAAAAAUGAUGGUAUCUCCUGCGAAUCCCCAGUGUUUCUGAACCAAUGUGGGGUGGUUGGGCAGCACGUCUCCCCCUAAAAUCCCACCACCCUAGGUCUUGGUGGCCUCUCCACAAACCCGGGCCUGAGUAAAGUCCUCUGGAUAGUGAUUUUGUGCAGAAGUCCCUGAGGUCAGUGAUCCUUCCUGCAAGUUUGUGCAAUGGGAGCAUCCACGAUUGCUCUGACAAAUGGUGCUCAUUCAAGGACUCUACAGAAACAUUCUUGCCAUUGGUCUUAUCAAAGAGACUGCGGUGAAGAAUUUGCUUUACUUUAUAGGGGAUGUCCAACCACAAUGUCUUGCAUAAUGAAAGAAAAUGAAAUUGUAGGCAAUCUCUCUUCUGCAGCCACUUCUCACAAGCCCCUGCAGGCUCUCUGAGUUACAGUAGCAAGAACAAGAAGUAUAAGAAUUAGGGCCUAGCUUGGACGAGAGCUGAAGUGCUACAUUGCUUCUGCAGUCAAAUUCACUUGGGGGCACAUUUACUAAGCUCGGGUGAAUGAAUAGAGGGGAAAAAAACUCGAAUUUC